AUGGCCAAGACGGGGAUGCCGCGGACGGCACGCCGACGGGGGGACCCAGAGAAGGCACUCGCCGUGGCGAUUACAGCAAGGUUUUUCGGCGUUGUCUCCGGCUUCUUCAGCAUUAUGCUUUGGCUGCUGAUGGCUGUCACAUGUUCGCCCUCUCUCACCGUUGACAUGGACGAUCCUUUUGCCGAUGUCAACGCAACCCGAUGGAGGGAAACAUUCUUCUCUUUCAAUCCUCGAAUUUUCGGCAACCUGUGGGCGCCCUUCUGCAUGGGCUGCACUUCCAUUCUUCUUCACUUCAAAGGAUUCAAUGUGCGGUUUAUAACGCGCUCGUGGUUUCGAUUCGCGCUUUGGAAUAUCGCCCAGGCGCUGUUUGGCAACUUUGGAUACUGCGGAGGGAUGGGCUUUCUGGUGGCAGCUAUCAGCCUAGUCACGGCCGUUUUGGCGGUCGUUGUCGGAAUUCUACACAGCCGAAUUCCGGUGUCAGGCGACUUGGCUGCUCCUCCGGUCGCUGAGAUUUUUUUUGCUUUGACGCGUCUGCUGUCGUCCCGCGAGAACGAAAGUGCCCCGCGCGAGGGGAGCGAGUCAGGACGUUCCGCUACCGGCGGCUCUUCGCCGGCAAGAAACGAACACAAAGAUACACCUCGCUUGGCGAAGGGCGAGCGCGACGCGGAAAGGGGCGCCAGUGGUAACACAAGCCUGAGCGGCAGUGGCUCGCCCGGUUUGCAGAAUGUAGCGAAUGUAGAAAAUGAUGUGUAA